GCAAAUCUAGUCUGUUUGUGUUUUGACGUUUUUUUUUGUGAAGCUCUCCUCAGACCACCACACACACGUCUAGAAAGCAAAGCCACAGUGAACGUCCUCCGCACCGGAUAAAAUAAAGAGAAGACAAAAUGGCCUCGGACUCUCCACGCAGACCGAGUCGCUGUGCUGGAGGGGUUCUGGUGCGAGCACAAGCUGCUACGGAGCAGUCCUACAUGGAGAGUGUGGUGACCUUUCUGCAGGAUGUGGUCCCCCAGGCAUACACCGGGGCUCCUCCCACAGAUGAAAAAGAGAAAAUCAUUUGGGUUCGAUUUGAGAAAGCUGACAUCAACGACACUGCCCGCAACCCAGAGUUCAUGGAGAUGCACAGCGGUACGACUGAACCUCCUCUCUGCCUCAUGAUUGGCUACACUGACGGGAUGCAGAUCUGGAGCGUAUCUUUGGUCGGGGAGGCCCAAGAGCUGUUCUCGGUGCGCCACGGUCCUGUGCGAGCUGCUCGCAUUCUGCCAGCUCCUCAUAUCAGUCCUCUGAAGACGGACAGUUUUGCUGACAAGAGGCCCCUGCUGGGGGUUUGCAAGAGCACAGGGUCCUCUGGGACAAGCCCUCCCUACUGUUGUGCUGACCUGUAUUCUCUACGGACGGGGGAAAUGGUCAAAUCAAUUCAGUUCAAGACGCCCAUCUAUGAUCUCCACUGCAACAAACACAUUCUUGCUGUGAGCCUACAAGAGAAGAUUGCAGCGUUUGACAGCUGCACCUUUACUAAGAAGUUCUUUGUUACAAGUUGCUAUCCCUGCCCCGGCCCCAGCCUCAACCCAAUAGCUCUGGGAAGCCGCUGGCUGGCCUACGCUGAGAACAAGUUGAUCAGAUGUCACCAGUCUCGUGGAGGAGCUUGCGGUGACAACGCACAGUCUUAUACAGCCACAGUGAUCAAUGCAGCCAAAACUUUAAAGACAGGCCUGACAAUGGUGGGUAAAGUUGUCACCCAGUUGGCAGGCACCUUGCCUGCAGGCACCCCAGAUGAGGAGGGCACACCUCACAGCACAAGCCGCCGCAGCCCCCACAACCCCGGUGUGGUCACCAUCAUUGAUACGCACAGUGUUGGCGAAGGACAGGUCUUGGUGAGUGAGGACUCGGACGGAGAGGGAGUGGUGGCUCACUUCCCAGCUCAUGACAAACCCAUAUCCUGCAUGCAAUUCAACCCCAGUGGAAUGCUGCUGGUGACUGCUGACACCCUGGGCCACGAUUUUCACGUCUUCCAGAUCCUCACCCACCCAUGGGCAUCCUCACAGAGCGCUGUUCACCACCUCUACACCCUGCAUCGUGGGGAAACUGAGGCCAAGGUCCAGGACAUGUGUUUCAGCCAGGACAGUCGCUGGGUAGCCAUCAGCACCCUCCGCGGCACCACCCACGUAUUUCCCGUCAACCCCUACGGUGGCGCACCCUGCGCCCGCACACACAUGUCCCCGAGGGUGGUCAACCGGAUGUCUCGCUUCCAAAAGAGUGCCGGCCUGGAGGAGAUCGAGCAGGAGCUGAACAGGGCGGCUGCGUUAGGAGGUGGAGCUGGCGGAGGAGGCAUCGGAGGAGGUGGCUGCAUUCUGGGCGGGGGAGGAGGCAUCGGGGGCCGCUGUAGCCCCAUACCUGGCCUGUCCAGCAGCCCCUCGGGGUCUCCGCUGCACGCCAAGCUGAGCAGCCAGGAUUCGUACAACAACUUCACCAAUAACAACAUGGGGAACCCGCGGCUGUCCCCGCUGCCCAGCCUCACCGUGGUGCUGCCCUUGGCUCAGAUCAAACAGCCCAUGACCCUGGGCACCAUCACCAAACGCACCGGACCCUACCUCUUUGGGGCGGGAUGUUUUGCCAUUAAAACUCCAUGCAAAGCUAAGCCGCCCCCUCAGAUCUCCCCGAGCAAGUCCAGUGGAGGAGAAUUCUGUGUGGCCGCCAUCUUUGCCUCCUCUCGCUCCUGGUUCAUCACCAACCCCAAUCUGAAAAGAGAGAAGGAUCAAUCCAGGCAGUCGGUUGUCGACUCACUGUACAUCAUCAGUUGCUAUGGUAACUUGGUGGAGCACGUCCUGGAGCCUCGACCAAUUAGCACAGCUCAAAAGAUUAGCGAUGACACGCCUUUGGAGCUCAGUACCUGUCCAAGGGCCUGCUGGACUCUAGCCAGGACUCCACAGUGGAACGAGCUGCAGCCACCCUUCAACUCUAACCACCCCUUGGUGUUGGCCUCAGACCUGGUGCAAUACUAUCAGUACCUUCUGGCUGCAAUGCCCCCAGGAAGCCCAGGCCCAAUCACACGUCACGAGUCUUCAGACAGCCUGGCGUCGGACCACAGUGGCCAGGAGGAUGAGGAGUGGCUCUCUCAGGUGGAGAUCGUGACCCAUACAGGGCCCCACCGGCGCCUGUGGAUGGGCCCCCAGUUUCAGUUUAAGACCAUUCACCCUUCGGGCCAGACCACAGUCAUCUCCUCCUCGUCCUCAGUCCUUCAGUCCCAGGGCCCCACUGACGUCCAACAGCCCCUUUUGGACUUUGACACAGACGACCUGGACCUACACAGCCUCAGGAUCCAGCCGGUACGUUCGGAGCCAGUCAGCAUGCCCGGCUCAUCGCGGCUGGUGCCAGAUCGUAGAGGACAGUCCAACCUCAUGGAUGCAGGAACAGGUUAUUCCUAAAACAGAAGCUCCUCGCUCUGCAAAUUACCAUUUCAAUUGAUUUAUUUUAUUUUAUUUCCUUGCAAGCAUGCCUAUCAUUUUCAUUGCCCUUUCAUCCACCCAUCCAUCCAUCCAUCCUUCCCUCUCUCCCUCACUACCUAAUCAUUGUUUUAUCAUUGGUGUGAGAGAGAGAGAAGAGGACAGGCGAAAGGAGGAGGAGGAGAGGAAGAGAGGAAGAUGGCCAGCUUUCUACUUGUCUGUCUUUCUGUUUGUCUGUCUUGUUUUUGUCCAGGUAUGGCCUUGUAGAAAGUGGCCAUUUGAUAAUAAUAAGUAAUAGUUUGAAAGUAUUCUAAGACAAAUAACAGUUUUUAAGCCACAAAGACAUUUGAAUGAAAAGAUUGAAUAACAACACAUUACCAAGGCUAUAUCAAUAGUUCUUUCUACCUCAAUUGGCAAUUGGCAUGACUCUUAACUACCAAGCUUUACAACUUUGUCCACUGCCGUGUGAGUUAAAACCGGACAAUAGUUGGACGCUUUAGGGGGCAAGUUGGCAAGGAUUUGUAUGUCAUUGUCCAACCGAGACUCUGUUACUGCUCAUUUUGUAUCAAAAAAGGCACACAAUACCAUUGUUGGCACUGUGACACAGCACAGGCAACACUGAACACUGUUGCUAGGUCAAGAGGGACUGAUUUACACUGAAGCCGGAAAAUAUACUUGCCUUUUAACAGUACUUUAUUAUAAUGCUGUUUGUCAAUCUUUAUCAAAAUUCCAGCUUCUGUGAUUUGGAUAUUGCCCUUGGCCAUAUUGAUUUCGAUAAUAUUUCAAUUAGUUUGCUGCCCUACUACCUGGGGUUUGAAUGUUUCUGAGAUACUAGAACCAGCACCUCUGGCAACAGCAAUCAAACCACAUUCAAAGUAAUUUAGAUCAGUCAUCUUGCCCAUUGAAAUGUUGAGUCAAACAUUAACUGAACGUGUUGACCUGGUCUGCAUAUACUUAGUUGCAACCACCCAAGUCACUAUUUGAAGGAGCUUUUUGUUGGUGUACAGAAGCAGGUGAACUUAAAGGUCCAGUGUAUAACAUUUUGGAAGAUCUAUUGGGCUAUAAUGGUAAAUGGACUGCACUUAUAUAGCGUCUUUCUAGUCUUCUGACCACUCAAAGCGCUUUACACUAUAUGUCACAUUCACCCAUUUACACACUGAUGGCACAGCAUCGGGAGCAAUUUGGGAUUCAGUAUCUUGUUCAUAGACAUGCAGCAGGAGGAGCCAGAGAUCGAACCGCCAAUACUCUGACUAGUGAAGGACCCGCUCUACCUCCUAAGCCACAGCCGAGGGACUGGGUCCUCUUCUACGGAGUCCGCUGAGUUGAACCACCAUGUUUUACAGUAGCCCAGAACGGACAAACCAAAAACUGGCUCUAGAUAGGGCCUUUCGCGAGUUUCAUUGCCACAGUAGUUUCUCCUACAUGCAACUUCACUGCUAGAUCCCACUAAAUCCGACACACUGGUUGGUCCUUUAAUGUAGUGGCCAGUGAGACUGUAUAUUAUUUCAUAAUUUGUGGAAGUCCUGAGGAAGGCAAUUCACUGAACCCUCCAUGGUAAGAGAGAUAUGAUGUGGCCUUUGAAUGAGAGCUAAGUAAAUUUUAUGUGCAUAGAAAUAACCCAAAAGUGUGAAGCCACCAAAAAGUUGCAGUGAAGAGCAAGAGGAAGACGUGUCAAACAUUUCAAAAUCUUACCAUGAAAUACGGCUGACAUAUUAAUUUUCAUGCAAGAAGUGCACAAUUAUUUUCCCAGUAAAAUGUAACACAAUGAAGACAAUAGUUUCCCAGAGCCUGAAUUGCUGCCUCAUAAGAAGCAGUAACAGUCCCCCCAGCCUUCAGUUGACAACAAGGAUUGAAGUGCAGUGCACUGGGCUCAGCUGUCUCUUGUAUCGUGGCACAGUUUUUGUAUGGAGCAACUUGCUCAAACACAUACUCAACACACACUCUGCAGCAUUUGCCCUUUAGGCAGGGAAUAAAGCAUGUAUUAUACAUCCAGCUCAGGAUGAGAUGGGAAGGAGAGUUACAGUAUAAGGGAGGAAGGGCACAAGUGCUCUUGUGUAUGCAGAGGACCAUGCAACAUGGGGUGUGUAUGGGGCCACUAGAGGGUUUCCUUGUUGUUCUCUUCAAACUGCCCAUAUUAAUAUGCAUACAGUACCACUUGCACAAGUAUGUAUACAAGUUGUAGGUCAGUUGUCCCGUUGGACAGCCUCUCUGCUCUGUGAUAAGAAUGGAAAUAUCUUAAUUAUCCAUGUUUGUUUGUUUUUUCUGGAGAAUGUUUGCUCAUGCGCCUCAUGCUGACAUCUUACAUACUGUACACUUUCUUGAGUGAUAGAAGUGUCCAUAUGCCAUGGGAAGUUGGCUAGGAAAUACUUUACUUGCUAGCACCCUCUCGCACUAGGUAAGUGAACACUACUGGUAAAUGACAUGGAUUAAAUGGGGCUGCACAGCUAUAGUCUCAAGUGACAGAGUUAUGAAGACUUCAGAUUCAUUAAAUUGAGACCAUAUCAACAGAUGUAUCAGUAUCUGUGUCUGUGUCAGACAAUAAGAAACAAAAAUUAGUUUUUUAAUUGAUCAUAAUACAGGUGUGCCCGCUGUCCACACAACACACAAUUUUGUCAUGUUUAAUAUCAUUCAGCAUAAGUUUAUAGGUUGCAGUUUUAUGUAUUUGAGUCUUAUUUUUUUUCUAUCUAAAAUUUAAAGCUGCACAAAUAAAUAUUUGUAAAUUUAUUGUGUAAGUUGAAAGGUGAUUGUAAUGAAAAACCGACAGAGACUUAUCACCCAACUCUGCAGUUCCCCUCAGCUCUAAAGAGCUUUUUGCAUUUUUCAGCUCGUUUUGGUUCACUCUCUCAUGAACUUUGUGUCCAGCCCCAGCCAACAGCUGUUUUCAGGCAAAAAUCUGAUUAACUACAAAAAAAAGUGCAAAAUAAAUAUUUGGAACAAAGGUAAAUUUUUCAAGAAGGUACCUAAUAUAUAAUUACUUUUGGCUAAUCAGACUAUAGUAACAUUAACUUAAACGUACUGCAAAGGGUUUUUAGCUAGUCCAUCAGGCUAUUUCUGUAUAGUUAUUCUUAUUGCUUGCUACUGGGUUGGAUUCAGUCGGAUUUCCCUUGAAAUCAAUUAAACAAGCUGGUAGAAACACUAUCACUUUUGUCAUUUCAAAUUAACAUUUGUCAACAUUUUAAAUUCCCAAUGAAUAAAUUUGGAUUCACUUUGUGCUGGCACUAAAAUAACUCCAUAUUGGAGCUGCUUUAAAUAAAGAUGAAUUUGUUUAAGUGAAAAGUUUUGGCAAGUACUUUUUCUCUUUUUUCACCCAUCCUUGGGUGCUAACAUUCACACUAGAAGAUUGUCAUAACAAAGGUUACACACCCUCCACAUUUCAAACAUGUUAUUUUAAACAGAAAUAGUACCUGGCAUAUACUAACUAGCAGAGAAGCUAAACAACGAUAAUUCAAGUUAUUUUACUUUUUCAGUGCCAGAUUACUCUCAUCUUUAAUGUAAGUGUUAGUGUGGAGCCUAUUUUCACUUGGUAAGAUUUUGGUAUGGAGCACAGGAGCACGUGAGAGAUUUAAGUGGGAGAGCUGACCAAUUGGACAACCUUCAGUACUCCCCUCUAUCUCCUGUUCUUAUUGUGCACAUGUGUCAGAUAACUUCACUGUAUGUUAGACCCCACAGUGCGCUGCUUUGAGGUCUAGUUUGGUGGUUUUCAGUAACCAAUAAAUGUGUCCUGUCUGUAAUAACCGGUCCUUAAAGUUGUAUUUUUGUGUAUAUGCAUAAACCUAAUUUCACAUGUAAAUAUGCUGCAUGCCGUUUGUAUUGUUUCCAGUGAAAGUUCCCGUCUCAGUUCUUUAUUAAACGGUACAUGUUUUACCUUGA